AGCAGCCUGGCAGCUUCGUCUAAGUCUGUUCUUCUUUCGGCUUUCGCCGCUUCAAUAGUUUGUCUGCUUUUAACUUAAUUAACUCGAGUGGGGAAAAAAACAUAAUUAAACAGUUACCCACUUGUCUGGUCGUAAUGCCGGUGUACAAUAAUAACGCGGCUGCACAGGGCAAAAAGCAGGGCUCCGACGUUCACAAAGGAGCCGGUGCGAAGGUACCUAAAGCUUCAAUAAAGAAAAAGGAUGAAGAAGCCCUUGACGUGGCCGAGGGAGCGGACGAGCGGACCAAUGUGAAAGCCAAUAUGAAGCCUGCAAAUCAAGUGCAGCUCACUGAGGCUGAGCUGAAGGAGGAAAUUACAAGAGUCCUGACUGCGAACAACCCACAUGCUCCCCAAAAUAUUGUCCGCUACAGCUUUAAGGAACGUUCCUAUAAGUCAACAAGUGUUGUGGAUCACUUGGCUGUUCACUUUGUGCUGGAGGGGAGCCUUUUGCAUAAAGACUCUGAAGAAGCUCGGAGACUUAGAAUCAGAGAUGGUCUUUGUAAAGAGCCUGCACCAACGGAGAACAAAGCUGAAUCAGAGGAGGAUCAUGCUGAAACCCCGGCUACCCCUGUGGAGGAUAGAGGAGAAGGCGAAGAAGCUGGAGAGGAGGAAAGACCAGACAGUGCUGCCUCAAGACCCGACAAAAAACAGGCCAAAAUUACAAAUCAAUUCAACUUCAGUGAAAGGGCUUCACAGUCUCACAAUAACCCUUCAAGGGAUAGAAGCUGCCAGACUGAACCUCCUCAACGCGUCACCUUUUCUGCCACUGCCAAUCAGUGGGAGAUCUAUGAUGCAUACUUGGAGGAACUGCAGAAGCAAGAAAAAAGUAAAGAGAAGCAGAAAACCACAUUAUUGAAAAAAGAUGAUAAAAGCAAGAAGAAGAUGACGCAGGUGGAGACACAGGGUGAUGAUCUCACUAAAGUGAGGAAGGUGUCCAAGAUCAUGGAACGAAUGGUCAUCCAAAAUAUAAUGGAUGACAUAGCACAAGAUUUUAAGUACUAUGAGGAUCCCUCCGAUGAGUACAGAGACCCGGAAGGCACUCUUCUCCCUUUGUGGACGUUUCACUAUGAUCAAGUCAGAAAUUUGUCUGUCACUGCCCUCUCCUGGAAUAACAAAUACCAGGACCUGUUUGCUGUGGGAUUGGGAUCAUACGACUUUAGUAAGCAGGAGGGUGGCAUGCUUCUCCUCUACACCUUGAAGAAUCCGGCUUUCCCCGAAUACAUCUACUCCACCGACUCUGGGGUCCUGUGCCUUGACAUCCACCCACAACACUCGCAUUUGGUGGCCGUGGGUUUGUACGAUGGCUGCGUGGCUGUCUACAACUUGAAAAAAAAGCCACACCCUGUUUACAAGAGUACCGCAAAGACUGGCAAGCACACAGAUCCUGUCUGGCAGGUGCGCUGGCAGAACGAUGAUCUGGACAACAACCACAUUUUUUAUUCUGUGUCAUCUGAUAGCAGGGUUGUGUCCUGGACACUUGUCAAGAAUGAGCUAAUCUUUACGGACAUUAUCAGACUGUCGGUAAAUGGCGGUGUCUCUGACGGACCAGAUGGUGCACAGCUGUCCAACAUUUCUCGUGGUACAUCAUUUGACUUCCAUAAACAGAUUGAUUAUCUGUUUCUAGUUGGCACAGAAGAAGGGAAAAUCCAUAAGUGCUCCAAGACUUACUCCAGUCAGUUCCUGGAGACGUAUGACGCCCACAGCAUGCCGGUAGAUGCUGUAAAGUGGAACCACUUCCAUCCCGACAUUUUUAUUUCUUGCAGUUCAGACUGGACUGUCAAGAUCUGGGACCACACCGUCAAGACUCCAUUGUUCAUCUAUGACCUUGGUACAGCCGUCGGGGAUGUUGCCUGGUCUCCUUACUCCUCCACUGUAUUAGCUGCUGUGACAACAGAUAGAAAGGUUCAUGUCUUUGACCUCAAUAUCAACAAACAUGAGCCUCUCUGCCAGCAGCCAGUGGUGGCCAAAAAGAAGACCAAGCUGACUCACAUUGAAUUUAAUCCCAUCUAUCCUAUUAUCAUUGUGGGUGAUGACCGAGGAGAUGUGACCAGCCUCAAACUUUCUCCGAACCUCCGCAAGAAGCCCAAGAGCAAGAAGGGCCAGGAGCAGCCUAAGGGUUCAGAAGCAGAAGUAGCAAAGAUGGAUAAGCUGCUCAGCCUGCUGAAGGAACCAGAGCUAAGUACCGUUUAAUGCGGCCAGUGUAGCUUUUGAUACGGUGCUGUUGUUGAUUUUUGCUAAUGCAAGCCCAGCUCUGUUUGAUAUGUCUUUGCAGCAGAUAACAUCAGCAUGGCACACAAACUGUUUAAUUAAAUGUUCUGCCAGAGUCUAACUUAAUGAUACAAAAUAAGAGUUGGAUAACUUUCUGAUCAGCCAAAAUGUUAUUCUGUUGAUUUCGUUCUUUUUUUUUUUCUUUUUUUACAUUUCUGAUGUUUUCAGAGAAAGUUGUAAGAGGACGUUUGUCACCGUGUUACUUGGGUUCAGUUGUAUCAGUUUAGUUGUUUAAGAACUGUACACAAUAGUUGUUGCUGUUUUGUAAAAGGAUUCUCAGUUUAUCUUAACUGGAUGCAGAAAGUCGGAUGCUCAGCAGUCCGUGGUUGUUUUCUCGCUCUCCUCUUUAUUAAUCAACAUAAAUUUUUCAAUAAGACGACAGAUUUGGACCAGAGGUGUCUGGGUAACUGUACUGUAAGUCAAUGAGAGUCCUGUGUUUGCAAAGGAACCACUUACUCCCUGAGGAAAGACGUUACUUUGAUAUGUCUCUGAAAUGAAAUUGUAUGGCCCUUCAUUAACUUUAUCUUCACAGUUAUGCAUGUUGCAUUGAUGCUGAGGCAUUUCCAUAAAAUCCCUGAAUGUGUUUUUUUUGUGUAUUUUGAGUGUUGUUGUUUGCAUUUUUUAUUAAAGAAAAGCCAUAGGUCAACAGA